CUCUCCGACCUCAACUUCCUCCUCUCCGACGCCAACGACACCGUCCCCAUCGACGCCCUCUACGAUGAGCUAUCCGCCAAGUCCCUCUCCCCUUCCUCCCUCGUCCACCCUCUCUCCGCCGCCAUGGACUCCUCCCCAAACCCAAAUCACUCCCUCCUGGCCUCCAACGCCUUCCUCUCCCUCCUGCUCUCUCCUAACGCCCCCGUCUUCACCCUCUUCACCCCUCUCUCCUUCCUCUCCCUCCUCCGCUCCCUCCGCCGCUCCCUCAAAGCCUCCCCAGCCUUCACCCAGCCCAAUUCUUCCAAAAAUCGCAAGCGCCGCCGUGCCGGUAAGGCUUCCAGGAAAAACCCGUCCCAAGACGAUGCUGGCAUGGACGAAGAGGAAGAGAAUCAAGAAAAUGGAGGAAGCAAUUCAGUGGAUGUUAAGGCUUUGCUCGUCGUGCUGGAGAAGCUGGCUUCGGUUAUGGAUCUGAUUCACUUGGAUCGGUUCCCGGAGAGUCUUAGGUCUCUGGUUCAGUCGAUUAGCGAGAUUCCUGUGACGGCAGUGGAACUUUGCGAGAACGGAGGGCAGUAUGGUAAAUUGUUGACACUCUGUUCCCGUGUUCUCAGGAAGGUUCUGAAACCUGAGCAUGGAGAAUCUUCGAGCAGCGCUUCUGAGGUGCUUAGGUCCCUUUCUCUGCUUGUUUUCAUGCACAAAUCGCAAGCAAGAACCUUCGCACUUGAUUUUGUUAAGACGGAGAUGACGAAAUUGGCGAAGGAGAACGAUGGGGUGAAGAAGGCAAUGGUUAAUUUUCAGGUGGAAUCAAUAACAGAGAUUGUGCGUGUAAUGGAGUUUGAAGAUCAAGUUUCGUUUGUGAAGUACGUGGUUUCAAUGUGUCAGGGGAAAUCAAACCUCAGGCUCUUAGCAGUUGAUCUUGUUCUUAGCCUUGUAAUGUCGUUGAAGGAUCCGUUGGGUUUGGAUUCAGAAGAGGAUGGUGGUGAUGAUCCCUGGGGGAUAUGGUGCUUGGAGGCAUUGGUGAAACGAUGUUCGGAUGUUAUUGCUGCAAUUCGGACGAGGGCUUUGGCAAACUUAGCUCAGCUGGUGAAGCUUUUAUCAAGGAGUGAUAGGAGUAGUGUGGUGCUGAAGAGGUUUAUGGGGUUUGGUGAUGGCAAUGACGGUGUUGAAAUGAAUAAUAUGCUUAGGCAAAGGUGUAUGGAUGACAAGGCAGCUGUUAGGAGGGCUGCACUUCAUCUUGUUACUAACUUGACUGCGCUUCUUGGUGGCACAAUAGAUGAGGUGGUGCUCAAGACAAUGGGGUUGGCUUGUUCUGAUCCCCUUAUUAGCAUGAGGAAAGCAGCAACUACAGCUCUUUCUGAGGCAUUUAGAACAUUCGCAGCAGAAACAGUAAUCAUUGAAUGGCUACAUUCAGUUCCACGUCUAAUUACUGACAAUGAAACUAGCAUCCAAGAAGAAUGUGAGAAUAUGUUUCAAGAACUUGUUCUGGACCGGAUAUGUAAAGCUGCAUCUGCAACUUCAUCACAUAGUGAAACCAUGUCAGCCAGAAAAAAUAAAGAGAAAAGUUUCAACAAAGUGUUGGAGAUGCUCUUUCCUAAAGGAGUUCUGUAUCUUCUGAGGGAGAUUUGCAAUGGCGAGGUGAGCCCUUGGGUGAAAAAGAUUUGCACAAACCUGGGCAAAAAGAAACGGUUGAAUCACAAAAUUGUUAUUGCACUUCAGAAUAUAAUCAGGACAUCUGAGUCUAUCUGGCUGAGCCAUUCCUUGCCAAUAGAAAAAUGGACAGCGCCACCUGGUGCUUGGUUUCUUUUAUCUGAGGUGUCUGCAUUCCUUCCAAAAGCAGUGGACUGGGAGUUUCUUCAUCAUCAUUGGCAGCUUCUUGACAAACAUGAAGUUGAAGGCGAGUUUAGAAGCCCGUUUAAACAAGUAGAGGCAUUUGAAAACGAAGAAAGCAUAGAAUGUGAUGCUGUUGCCUGGGCUAGUGAUCGAGUUUUCCUCUUACAAACAAUCUCUAAUGUAUCUGUGGAGCUCCCUCCUGAACCUGCGGCUAAUUUAGCUCAUAACUUGCUCAAAAGAGUUGAAGAAUUCAAUAUGCAUUCAACAGAGGUUGAUGCUCAUGUGAAGGCACUUAAAACGUUGUGCAAGCAAAAAGCUUCGAAUGUCACGGAGGCAGACACAUUAGUCUUGAAAUGGGUACAUCAAGUACUUUCCAGAGCUUCUAAAAUAAUAGAGAAGUUCAUUUCAGGGAAUUCAAAGCAAAAUGCAGAAAAUAACUUUUUCACUCCACCUAGAAGUUGCUCUAGAAAAAGAAGGUCAAUAGCAACAUCCAAGUCAUUGACAAAAGCAACUACAGCGAUUUAUACAAUUGGAUCUGCAGUAAUUGUUUGCCCUACUGCUGAUACGAGCACCAUAGUUCCAAUAUUACAUACUAUCAUCACUUCGGGGAGUUCUGGUCCCAAGAUAAAUAAUCUAACGGGUCCUGCAACUUUUCUACAACAAGAAGCUCCUUCUUUCUAUAUUCAAGGGUGGUUAACCAUGGGCAAGCUUUGCCUUGCUGAUGAGAAGCUUGCAAAGAAUUAUAUUCCACUGUUUAUACAGGAGCUUGAAAAGAGUGAAUCUGCAGCUCUUCGCAAUAACAUUGUGGUGAUGAUGGCAGAUUUUUGUGUUCGGUACACUGCUCUGGUUGACGGUUAUAUAACAAAGAUCACCAGGUGUCUCUUGGAUCCCUGUGAACUUGUGAGAAGGCAAACCUUUCUAUUGCUGUCCAGAUUAUUGCAGAGAGACUAUGUGAAGUGGAGAGGAGUGCUAUUUCUUCGGUUCCUUUUAUCACUUGUUGAUGAAUCAGAAAAGAUUAGGCGGUUAGCAGAAUUUCUCUUUGGAAAUAUUUUGAAAGUAAAGAGUCCUCUUCUAGCAUACAAUAGUUUUGUUGAGGCUGUUUUUGUUCUGAAUGAUUGCCAUGCCCAUCAUGGACAUCGCGAGUCCCAAGUAUCACGAAGGGAAAGCCAAAGUUUUUCCAUCAGGGGUAAUGAUGAACCGUCAAGGUCUAAAAGAAUGCACAUUUAUGUUUGUUUACUGAAACAAAUGGCUCCUGAGCAUCUUCUAGCAACUUUUGCCAAGUUAUGUGCAGAAAUUCUGGCUGCUGCUUCGGAUGGUAUGCUCAACAUAGAAGAUGCAACUGGACAGUCUGUUCUACAGGAUGCCUUUCGAAUUCUUUGCUGCAAGGAGAUUCGGAUUCCAUCGUCUCGCGCUUCAUCAUCCGAGUCAGCAGAUAUAGAGGAAGAAGGGGGAGAAAGUGGAGCUGCGGCUAGAGGAAAGGCUAUAACUCAGGCGGUGAAGAAGGGUCUUAUCCAAAACACAGUCCCAAUCUUCAUAGAGUUGAAACGAUUAUUGGAAAGCAAGAACAGUCCCCUUGUAGGGUCUCUCAUGGAGUGCCUCCGAAUCCUUCUCAAGGACUACAAGAAUGAGAUUGAUGACAUAUUGGUUGCUGAUAAGCAGCUGCAGAAAGAGCUUGUUUAUGACAUGCAUAAAUAUGAGGCAGCAAGAGCCAAAGCAACAGUUGCUGAGGCAGCAGCGUCAACCAGGCCAAAUACAGGUGCAAAUCAAUCACCUGAGGGUGCUGAGAAUCCGGCCAAGGCGCAAGGACAAGACGGCAAGUUUCCAAGUGGUUCAAAAGUUGCUUCAGCAAUGGCAGAUGCAGCGGCUGCAGCUACAGCACGUUCUGUGCUGAGGGAAAUUAAUAGAGGUACAGGGACACCACCGUUAAGUUCUUUGAGUGUUCCUAAAGUCAGGUCUUGUACUGGUGUAAUCAAUGCUAGUCACGAUAAGCAGCGGAUGGAUGAUCUACAAUCUCUGAAGAAAAGACACUGUUUUGAUUCUGACGAUGAAAGCUAACAUCACAUCACAAGACAAGGUAUUUUACUAGAAUCCUAGAUCUGCUUGCUAUAGUUAGGUGGACUGAAGCCUGAUGAACAAAUCUUUUAAGGUAUUCUGUUGCACGUUGUUCCUUUCAAGUUAUGUAAAUAUAAAAGGGCAUGUGACAACGGAUUUGUUCAUUGGUAAUUUGCUAUCUUUCACUUGUGUAGCCUAUUAGUAAGCUCUUGAAGAAACCUCCUUGAAUUUAGAAGUGUGUUCAAGGGCUGGAAAAAAAGCCAAAAUGUCAGGCACAUGCCAAAAAUUAUUCAUUAAAUCAAUCAUUUUUAUUUAGAUA